AUGGCUUUCAAGAAUGGUCUGAUUAAGUUUCUUUGCAUCUCUAUGAUCGCAUCCUCUGCAGUGGCCGCUCCAGCACCCGAGCUGGCUCAGACUGAUGUGGCCUCGGGCAAGCUGGAGUUCCAUGAGUAUUUGAACAACAUCGACAAAGAAUCUGUGAAGAAGGCUAUUGAGAUGAUUGGUCAAUACAGACAUGAUCACGAUAGUUCGCCGACUUCUCCCGCAGUCGUGAAGCUGGGGAAGCGUGACAAUAGUUCUUCUGCUGUAAAGCCAACUCAUGUCACGCCGCCGGAGACCUCCAGCUCUCACUCGGAUACGGCACCCACCACGGCGCCAACUACAGCGAGUACCCCUUCUACUACGGAUCAGCCGCCUAGUUCUUCGUCGUCGUCCAGCACGAGCAGCGACUCCAAGAGUCAAACUCGUGAGGAACCGACUUCUACCAAAUCUAGUGCUACCCACACUACCGAGUCCACCUCUUCGUCGACGACCAACUCCGAACCAACCUCAAACACGCCGACUUCGACCUCGAGCUCCAAAUCCAAUGGCCGCACGACCAUGGAAACCACUUCGUCGACGAAGGACCUUCAGACAACCAGCGAGCCCACUCACCCAACGACUCCCUACACCUCAACCUACAAGAGCACCACUACACUUGCCAAUGGCGAGCGAAGCACAGUCACCUCUGUGACGGUCGUCCACCCCACCCAGACCAACAGAGCGGGUGCCGGUGGUACCGGCACUGGACCGGCUCCGGGUCUCCAAACAGACUCGGCUGCUUCCAACAACGGCCUCACCCAUGAGUUCCUUGUCAUGAUGGGAGGAGCUGCCAUGGUGGCCAUGGCUCUGUAA